AUGCGAGUGUGUAAUGUGGAAAAACUUGUUGUAAUAAAUGAAGGUAACCAAAUUAAAUAUUACGUGCAUAACGAAGAACUUUUUAAUAUCCUCCAUGAAACUCAUUUAUUAAUCGGGCACGGAGGUCGUAGUAGAAUAGAACACGAGUUAAAUAUUAAAUAUAAAAAUAUAACAAGGGAGGCAAUUAUGUUAUACUUGAACUUAUGUGAAUCAUGUCAAAAAAAAGGAAGUACAAUUAAAAAAGGCUUAGUAGUCAAACCUAUUAUAUCAAAAGAAAUGAAUUCAAGGUGUCAAAUAGAUUUAAUUGACAUGCAGGCCCAGCCUGAUGGUAAUUUUAAGUUUAUUUUAGUCUAUCAAGACCAUUUAACUAAAUUUGUAAACUUGCGUCCUUUAUCUAAUAAACAUGCUGAGGAAGUUGCUUAUGUUUUACUGGAUAUAUUUACAACUUUUGGUGCUCCAGCUAUAUUGCAAAGCGAUAAUGGUAGAGCAUUUUCAAACAAGAUAGUAGAAGAAUUAUGUAGUAUGUGGAAAGAUUUGAAACUAGUACAUGGUAAGCCUCGCCAUUUGGAAUUUUAUGCAACUAAAUGCCAUAAUGGUAAUACUUGUAAAAAUAAAUAA